AUGGCAAAAGAUUAAGAAUCGUAGAAGAAACAGAUAGUCAUUAUUUCUGAUCCAUUACCUGAAAAGACAAAAUUCCCAAAAUCGGGUUUUUGCAAUGGAAGACUUAGGUUUAACCUUUUGAUGAAUAUUUCUGUGAUUGGUUUUAUUAUAAUACCCUUCUUUGUCCCUGUUAUUUACUCUAUAGGGAUCGGAUAUUACUUUGCCUUUUAAUGGUUAAUAUACUUUAUGGUAUACUUAAUCAAUACAAUUAGACUUAUGAGAGCAUUUAAAAAGUAAAUGAAGAAAGGAUAAAAACAAUAAAAACACGAAAAUGAAGAUAUAAAUUCUACUCAUACUAAUUUGAUAGAUAGUGAAAACAAUACAAUAAUAGAUUAAACAGAAUAAAAGUAUAGAUAUAAAUAAAUUAUGAUGACAUUUAUUUAUAAAGAACCUAUUGAGUUACUUUCUAACACAUUGUUUAACUUGAGAGAAAUGGAAGGAUCUAAUUAAUUUAUUGUUUCUGUUGGUUUUGAAGAAAGAUCACCUGAUAUAGAUAACAAAAUUAAGUACUUGAAUGAAUAGUUUUCUGAGUCUUUUGAGGAGUUUAUAAUAACUAUUCAUCCAUAUGGAACUGAAGGAGAAAUUCCUGGAAAGUGCUCUAACAGUAAUUACCUUCAAAGAAAAUUGGUGGCUUAUUUAGAAUAAACAAGAGAAAAUUUCAAUAUUGAGGAGUAUAUGGUAACUAAUUUCGACACAGACAGCAGAUUUUAAAAGAACUAUUUGAGAGUGCUAGAGAGCUAAAUGGAAAAAACUUGCAAAAAACCUGAAGAUAUUCAUGAAAUUGUAUGGUAACCUGUUAUUUACUAUAAUUGGGACUUAAAAGCAAGAAGAUUUUUUGUUAGAAUUAUUUCUUUGGUUAGAAAUAUGUUAAUGAUGGGAGCUUUAAUUCCUUUUUAAAUUAAUGUUAUGGGAAUAUUUUCUUUUUCUCUAAAAUUAUGUGUUACUGGUGGAUACACUCACCCAACAUAUCAGAUGGAUGAUGUUAUUUGCUAGAUAAGAUGGUUUAUAAAGAAGAAAAAGCCAAUUAAAAUAAAGUAAUUAUACACAGCAGCCAUUUCAGGUCCUACAACGGGUAAUUCCUUUUAUGAAGAGUUAGUUGAGUGGGCAAGAUAGAUUAAAAGAUGGACAAUCGGAACGGCAGAAGUUUUUCACUAUUACGUUGUAAAAUCUAAGCAUAUCUAACCUAAUUUAAAAUUUACUGUUUGGGGAUUCUUAUAUUUCAAUUAUUACUCUGUCUUUUUGAUAGCAUAAAACUUUUUUACAAUAAGUUGUGCAGUUUGCUUUACUGUUUUAAAGUCAGAUGAGCUUUCAGAUCUUGAAUUCUACUUAAGUAUAGGACCUCUUGGUUUCUAAUAUGUCAUAUUUAUAUUAAUGUUUACCAUAAAUGGAGCAUCUCAAUACAUAUUAGACCCAAUUAGACCAAAAGAGAGCUUUAACAUUAUCUUAACAUUAAUUCACAUCAUCAUAACUCCUUUUACUUAAAUUGCUUCUGGUCUUGUUGCUUGUUAUGGUAUUUUCGAAGUUGCUUUUAGAGGUAAAAAAGUUUGUAAUCAUAUUAGCUCUAAAAAAGAUACUCUCAAAUGA